UCGUAUCAGUUUCUUGUAUUUAUAAACAUAAUGAUUGCGAGUCUACUGUGACUUCUGAGACGCCUUGACGUGGUUACCGUGUUCAGACACGCCGCGCGAUAUGUCACGCGAAAUAAAAUAAAACUAAAUUAAUUUUAAAGUUAACUAAAUUUCCCAACAGUAUUAUUGUGAAACAGAGUGAUUAAUAACUGUGAUUAUGUCUAAUAGUUAUAAUAUGAAGGAAUUUAGUUCGACGGCGGUAAUAACAGAAAAUGGAGUAUUUCCCUCUACAUUUUCUGUAAACACAAUAAAUACAAAAUGCAAAGAAAACGACAUAGAAGAAAACUCUUACGAUCCAUUUAAAAAUAGAAAACUGGAACAUCCGAACUCAGAUAUAAGAUCAUUCGCUAAUCUCCUAAAAUCUUCACUAGGCUCUGGAAUACUGGCAAUGCCCGCUGCUUUUAAAAAUGCCGGAUCAAUUGUUGGUAUAUUUGGAACAAUUAUAUUAGGUUAUAUCUGUACACAUUGCGUUUAUUUAUUGGUUAAAACAUCACAAGAUGUAUCCAGAGUAUCAAAAGUACCCUCACUGGGAUAUGCAGAAACAGUUGAAGCAGUUUUUGCAACUGGACCGAGACCGUUACGCAAAAUUGCUACUGCUAGCAGGAUAUUUAUAGACUGGGCGAUGGCUCUAACAAUUCUUGGCGCUUGUGCAGUGUAUGUCAUCUUACUCGUCGAUUCUGUACAACAGAUAGUCGAUUUCUACUCUGCAGAUAAUAGUAUAACAAAAACAAUGUACUGUCUUAUGUUUCUGGUGCCUAUCUUAUUAUUUACACAAAUCAAAAACCUGAAGUACAUCGCGCCAUUCUCGGGUUUCGCCAAUAUACUAUUAGUACUAACUUUUCUGAUAUGCCUUUACUAUAUUUGUGAUGAAUUUCCUGAAUUUGAGUCCAAACCGAAAUCAGUUGAUAUUGGAAGACUGCCAUUAUUUGUUGGAACGGUUAUAUUCGCCAUGGAAGGCAUCGGUGUUGUAUUACCAGUAGAGAAUACGAUGGCCAAACCUCAGCAUUUUCUGGGUUGUCCUGGGGUUUUAAAUAUCACUAUGUCAAUUGUAGUUCUCUUAUACAUGAUUAUGGGAAUAUUGGGAUACUUAAAGUAUGGAGAAGCUGCUGCUGGUAGUAUAACUUUAAAUCUUCCCACUGAAGAAAUCCCUGCGUUGAUGGCGAAAGUGUUCAUCACAUUAGCUAUAUUCUUUACAUAUAUCCUGCAAUUCUACGUUCCCAUGGAAAUCGUGUGGAGAAAUAUUAAACAACGUGUAACUCAAAGAUACCACAAUCAUGCACAAGCUGUAAUGCGAGCGAUAUUUGCGACACUCACUGUGGCAGCUGCAGCAACGCUUCCUCGAUUGGAGCAAGUAAUCGGACUGGAAGGGGCAUUUUUCUACUCCUUCCUUGGAUUAAUCGCACCUUCAAUUAUUGACCUCAUCUUUAGAUGGGAAAGAGGCCUCGGAAAGUACAAUUAUGUAGUAUAUAAGAAUUUGUUUUUGAUUAUAUUCGGUUUUUUUGUUUUAGUAACAGGAGUAAUGCAAAGCGUAAGAGAAAUCAUUAAAACAAGUUAAAUGCAUUAAUAAGAAUUAAAUAUUUAAUUAUUGACUGACGUGAACAAUAUGUAAAUAAUAAAUGAAUUUAUUUUAAUAACAUUAUAAAUAGGAC